AUAUAUAUAUAUAUUUUCUGCAGAGACAUUUGUUGUUGUUUUUUGUUGUUGUUGUUGUUUUCUCCUCUCGGUAGUUUUUUUGUUUUGUUAUUUUUGACGGGUUGGAGAUUCCGCGCAACAGAGAGCGGCGGCAGCGCGCGUGUUUGAGCGCAACCUCCCAGUGACUCGGUCGGAGUUUGACUCCCCAUCAUGGGCCACGGUGCGCACACCGCCGGAGAGGGACGAGGAGCGCCCGAGAUGCGGACUGCGUCUUGGCUUUUGGUUAUCCUCCUGAUGGACGUCGGCCUGGCUCAAGUCGAGGAUGACUUCAUCGGUCUCCGCGAUCUGCCGGAAACCUUCCCUUCGGAUCCGCCCGAGCCCUUGCCGGUGUUUUUGAUGGAGCCGGAGGAGGCCUACAUUGUCAAGAACAAGCCGGUCAACCUGUACUGCAAGGCCACGCCCGCAACCCAGAUCUACUUCAAGUGCAACAGCGAGUGGGUUCACCAGAAGGAGCACACUGUGGAGGAGCGGGUCGACGAGAACACCGGACUGGUAGUGAGAGAGGCCAGCAUAGAGAUCACUCGGCAGCAGGUGGAGGAGCUGUUUGGGCCCGAGGACUUCUGGUGUCAGUGUGUUGCCUGGAGCUCUGCAGGGACCACCAAGAGCCGCAAAGCCCACGUCCGCAUCGCUUAUCUGAGGAAGACAUUUGACCAGGAGCCUCUAGGGAAGGAAGUGACACUCGAACAGGAGGUGUUGCUCCAAUGUCGCCCCCCUGAAGGCAUCCCCUCCGCCGAGGUGGAGUGGUUGAAGAACGAGGAAGUCAUCGAUCCUGCAGAUGACAGAAACUUCUACAUCACCAUCGACCACAACCUGAUCAUCAAGCAGGCCCGCCUCUCUGACACCGCCAACUACACCUGCGUCGCUAAGAACAUCGUGGCCAAAAGGCGCAGCACCACCGCCACAGUCAUUGUCUACGUGAACGGUGGUUGGUCCACUUGGACGGAGUGGUCGGUGUGUAACAGCCGCUGCGGCCGCGGGUACCAGAAACGCACGCGCAGCUGCACCAACCCGGCCCCGCUCAACGGUGGCGCCAUCUGUGAAGGGCAAGGCAUUCAGAAGCUGACGUGCAAUCCUCUCUGCCCAGUGGAUGGCGUGUGGACAGAGUGGACUAAGUGGUCCACCUGUGGGACAGAGUGCACCCACUGGAGGAGGAGAGAAUGCGGCGUCCCGGCACCCAAAAACGGGGGGAAGGACUGUGAGGGCACGGUGCUCCAGUCCAAGAACUGCACCGAUGGGAUGUGCAUGCAGAUGGCCCCGAGUACAGACGACGUGGCUCUGUACGUGGGUAUUGUCAUAGCCGUGAUCAUGUGCCUGGUUAUCUCCGUCGUCGUGGCGCUCUUCAUCUACAGGAAGAACCACCGCGACUUUGACUCUGACAUCAUCGAUUCCUCCGCCCUCAAUGGAGGUUUCCAGCCCGUCAGCAUCAAGACCGCCCGCAAAGCCGAUCUCCUGACAGCGCCGCCUGACCUGACCUCGGCGGCCGCCAUGUACCGCGGCCCCGUCUACGCCCUCCACGACGUGGCCGACAAGAUCCCCAUGACUAAUUCCCCCCUGCUGGACCCUCUUCCCACUAAGAUUAAGGUGUACAACUCGUCGGGCCUGGUGACCCCGCAGGAUGACCUGGGAGGGGAGUUCGCCUCCAAACUGUCGCCCAAACUGCCGCACUGCCUGCUGGACAACAACGAUUGCACGAUGGGCCGUCGCACACAGACCCAGACGUUGCUUCGUGCCAGGGAUCCAUCCUGCACCGCGUUGGGCUCCUUCAGCUCCCAGGGGGGGCACCUCAUUGUGCCCAACUCAGGCGUGAGUCUGCUCAUUCCAGCGGGAGCCGUUCCUCAGGGCAGAGUGUAUGAGAUGUACGUGACAGUUCAAAGGAAAGACAACAUGAGGCCCUCGGUGGAGGACGGCCAAACGGUGCUGAGCCCCGUGGUGAGCUGCGGGCCCCCCGGGGCCCUGUUGACUCGGCCCCUCAUCAUCACCAUGCACCACUGCGCCGUGUUUGACGGCCAACAGGAUUGGCUGAUCCAGCUGAAGAGCCAGUCGCCGCAGAGCCACUGGGAGGACGUGGUGGUGGUGGGAGAGGAGAACUUCACCACGCCGUGCUACGUCCAAAUGGACGACGAGUCCUGCCACAUCCUGACGGAGACGCUGGGCACCUCCUGCCUGGUGGGCCAAUCGCUCAGCGCCUCAACGACCAAGCGCCUCAAACUCGCCAUCUUCGGGCCCGUCACUUGCCCCGCCAUGGAAUAUCACAUCAGGGUCUACUGCCUGGACGACACACAGGACUCCCUCAAGGAAGUCUUACAGAUGGAGAAGCAAAUGGGUGGCAAGUUGUUGGACGAACCAAAGACUCUCAACUUCAAGGACAGCACCCACAACCUGAGACUCUCCAUCCACGAUGUGCCCCACGCGUUGUGGAAGAGCAAACUGCUCGCCAAGUACCAGGAGCUCUCCUUCCAGCAGGUGUGGUGCGGCUCGCAGAGGAACCUCCACUGUUGCUUCACCCUGGAGCGCUUCUCGGCCAUCACUGUGGACCUGGCCUGUAAGAUAUGCGUGCGCCAGGUGGAGGGAGAGGGGCAGAUCUUUCAGUUGGACACUACACUGUCAGAGGAUUCCCAGAGCAUUGACACGUCCCUGCUGGACCCUGCCAGUAACAUCACCACGCUGGUGGGGCCCAAUGCCUUCCGCAUCCCAGUCUCCAUCAGACAGAAGUUGUGCGGCAGUCUGGACGCACCGCAGACCAGGGGGAACGACUGGAGGAUGUUGGCCCACAAACUUAACCUUGACAGGUAUCUUAACUACUUUGCCACCAAAUCCAGUCCUACGGGAGUCAUCCUGGACCUGUGGGAGGCCCAGCAUUUUCCCGAUGGCAACCUCGGGCGCCUGGCCCAGGUUCUGGAGGAGAUGGGGCGCCACGACAGCCUCGUUCCUGCAGCGACCGAACACUGAAAGCCGCCCACGAUCGAUUGCGACACUCCAGGGGAAGAAGUAGACACGAAAAUAAAAUGUGAGCGGUGGACGCCGGGAAAAACAGGCGAGUCAUUUGGCAUCAAGACGAAGACAGAUACACACUCAAAGGUACUGUGUGUGGACACGCGUGCACGCCGGGAGAAAAAAAAGAAACCUAGAGGUCUACUCGGCUAUGACCCAGUUAAACCUCGGCAACAAAGGGUCUAAAAACUUAGAGGGUAAACAAGAAUUUCUGUAAUUUCUCUCUGGCUCUUCUUCUCUCCAUCUCUCUUUCCGGUACGACGACUUGAUAUUUUUGGCUCUUGUUUCCUUGGAAACAGCUGUCCGGUUAUCUGGACAGGCUGCGUGUAUGCGGAUGAUGCCCUCGCCAUAGACACGUGUCUGAGAAGUGCGAUACUAAGGUCAAAAGGAGCAAAGAAACACGGCUCGGAUGAGAGGAAAUCCCUCUCGCUCGCCACAAAACAGUCUCCAUAGCAACCCCAUGGAUGAGUAUGUGUCCUGUGUUAACAUAGUAUUUAAUAAUAUGCCUAUUUAUACAUAUCUUUUUUUUUUUGUAUUUUAAUGCCGCCUGUAAAGGAAUAUUUUUCAGUGUCCUGGCAUUUUGUUCCCUGUUGCAUUAUGUUUGACUGUACCAUAGCACCUCCAGGUGGACUCUUGCAGUAAGGACUCCUUUACGUGUACAGAGGGAAAUCAAUAAUGUAACCAUCUUACACAUUUAGCCUUGCUGUCGUAACUACUUUUAAUACUUUUUAUUCAUGUCAUGUAUAAUUAAUGAUUUUCAAUUAUGUGUGUUUCUUAUACGUAAUUAUUUUUUUAGAUCUUUGAAAUCUUUUUGAUAAGUUGCAUUGGUUCUGAUUUUUAUUUUCUUUGCAUGUUUAUUAUUGGGUCAUUUGGAUAAUUACAUACAUUUUCACCCCUAAAUAAAGGGCGGUUGAGAUAAUAUUCCCAUACUGAAUAAAAUGAAUGACUGAUGAUUCGUAUGUUGUUCAAGAUUAAAUCAUCUGCAUUAAAGAAACUAAUCUGAGAGGUAGAUACUUUAGACAAGUGAAUAAAUAAGUAUAUUUUUGUAGGACCAAUGCAACUGAAUACAACUGCUUUGUACCAAAUAAUUGACAUACAGUGUAUGAGGUCAAAUAGAGGGUGGUCAUCACACUAUCACACAUCAGAUAGAAAGUUUCAUUUAUUUCAUCCAGAACUGAAUUACUGUCAUCCCUCAUUUUCGGAGUACAGACUCCGACUUCUGUAUUAGAACAUUAAUGACAUAAGCCAUCAGUGUUUUGAGGACACGGAAAAAAAAAUCUGCUAGUUGUAAAUGCAACGUUUCCCUCGAUGCAGCAGCACUUGUGGCUGUGACCAAGUGUUCUUGUUUGCCUCUUGGUUUUAUUUUGUUUUUUUAAUGGCAGUUGUCCCAGUUAUCGUAAAGCGUCUAUGCAAACUUUGCAUCUUUCUGAAACAAUGUCAUCAUUCUCAGCGGGCUCAGCCUUCUGCAUUCCCCAGUUGUUCUCAGCUUCAUGCUUAUUAUUGUGUAUAGUGAGAAUGUAGCCUGUUUCUGCCAUUCAUGAUGUCCCUCUCAACUGCUUGCAUUUCAUCUGUCAAGUUAUUGUACAAAGUGUAAGAAAGAAUUUUUAAGACGUAAUAAUAAAUUAUAUUUAUAUGCAACAUUGAAAA